AUGGGAUUAGAGCUCUCAAAACUCGAUCGAGUUGAAGCUUGGCCGGUCGAGUUGAGGAACUCGACCGGUUGGUCGAGUAGAUGGUCGAGCUGGUCUUCAAGAUGGCUUCUCCCUUCUUCCUUUGCGUAUCCAGUUGAGCUGCGUCCAUGUGCCAAGUCCCUCCAUGCUCCUACGUCCCAUAUGCUCCAGAAUGCUCCAAAAGACCUAUUUCAAAGGACCAAACAUGCAUAUGCCCCUUCAGUCAAGCCAUCUCAGCUCACAAUGACUUUGUUCCCCACCAAGUUUGAAAAUGGGAAGAUUGAGUACAAGAUAAGGUACAAGGGGAGAUCAAGGCCAUUCUCUAGAGCCAAGGCCUUGGUGACUUCAGAACAGUCCAGGGACCCAACCAAGCUAAAGGAGCUUCUGUCUCAAGUCCUCACUAUCACCCUUGAUGGUGGGACUAGCUCAACCAAUGCCUAA